AACAAUCAGAUCAUUAUUGUUGUUAGAGAAGAUAUGGGUGGUAGUGUGUGGGUUGUGUUGAGCAUUAGGGGUAAUGGUGACUUGUGGAAUUGCUUGUGGAUGGGGGUAAAAGGAAUCCUUGAGUUCAUUUAG